ACGAUGAACGAUCACAACCUGUUGGUGGCGAAAAUUGUGGUUAUUGUGGUGCUGUUGGUGGUCACAUUAAUAUUUUGCUUUCUGCCGUAUAUACUGAAUCGUUGGUUCAAAUGGACACAGCGGGAGAAGAGCAAUGCACGGGAAUUUCUGGCUGUACUUUGCCUAUUGAAUUUCGGUGGCGGUGUCCUGAUUGCCACAACAUUUAUACACAUCCUGCCGGCGGUUGUUGGUGUUGUGAGUGCCCUGCAGAAAUGUGAGAUGUUGGCCACGACGCCCUUCGCCCUGCCCGAGAUGCUCAUGUGCACGGGUUUCUUUCUGAUGUACGCCAUUGAGGAGGUGAUGUAUUUCAUUGUGGGCAGGCGACAGAAGCGCAAGCAGAAGGCCAUGCAGGAGGCUCUGCAGGUGGCCAUGGAGCAGGUAACCGAGCCGGAGGAAAAAGUCGAUCUCGAGUUGGGUGAACAAGUCGAGCCGGAGCAGCCAAACUGGCUGCGUGGCUUGGGCAUCAUCGUGGCCCUCUCGCUGCACGAACUCUUUGGCGGCAUGUCCAUCGGACUGGAGGAGACCGUGGAUACGGUGUGGUUCAUGUGCGCCGCCAUUGCCGUCCACAAGCUGGUCCUGGCCUUCUGCAUCGGCAUGGAGAUUAUGAUGGCCCACACGCGUUGGCUCAUUGCUGUCAUCUAUCUAAUUGUCUUCUCCAUCGUCACGCCCAUCGGCGUCGGCAUCGGCAUCGCCAUCACAGAGAACACCAGUGCGAAUCAUCCAAGCAUUCCCGCGGGCAUCCUGCAGGGCAUCGCCUGUGGCACACUGCUCUACGUCGUCUACUUUGAGAUCGUGGCCAAGAACCACGCCGGCUGGCGCAUAUUCCUCUGCUCCCUGGGUGGAUUUCUGCUCAUGUUUGGCUUGCAAAUUGCAGUUGUUGAAGCUGCAGGAAAGUCUGCAUAUGUUUGUCCCUCGGCUAAGAGUUAA